AUGGCACCAGUCGCUACCUCUGAGAACAACCACAACAACACUGAUGUUCAGAAGUAUGACAUCUUCGAGGAUUACAAGGGCAGCUACCGCUUCGCGCCAAUCGAAGAAGCGCAAGUAUCUAGAGCUAUGAUCAAGCGAUACUUCAACACCAUGUAUGAGAGGGCGAUCUCCGAUGUAGUUAUCGUCGGAGCCGGCAGUGCUGGAUUGUCGUGCGCGUACCGUCUCGCCAACGACCGCCCAGACCUCAAGAUCACCAUUCUAGAGGCCAACGUAGCACCAGGAGGAGGUGCAUGGCUUGGUGGCCAAUUGAUGACGCCCAUGGUGAUCCGCAAGCCAGCUGAUCGCUUCCUUCGUGAGAUCGGCGUUGACUACGAGGAUGAAGGCCCCUUCGUCGUUGUCAAGCACGCUGCUUUGUUCACCUCGACACUGUUAUCCAAAGUUCUCGCCAUGCCUAACGUCGUCCUGAUGAACGCCACGGCUGUAGAAGACUUGAUCGUACACUCUGACUUUGAAGGCAAACAGCGCGUAGCAGGUGUCGUUACCAACUGGACUUUGGUGGCCCUCAACCACGACACGCAGUCGUGCAUGGACCCCAACACCAUCACUGCCCCCGUUAUCAUUUCUGCUACAGGACAUGACGGACCGAUGGGAGCGUUCUCCGCCAAGCGUCUCGUGAGCGCCGGUCUGCUCAAGGAGCUCGGCAACAUGAGAGGCCUUGACAUGAACCGCGCAGAGCCUGCUAUUGUCAACGGCACACGCGAGGUGACGCCUGGAUUGAUUCUCACUGGUAUGGAGCUCUCUGAGCACGAUGGAUCCAACCGCAUGGGACCCACAUUCGGCGCAAUGAUCGGAAGUGGAAUCAAGGCAGCCAAGGAAGCACAGCGCAUCCUGGAUACUGUGGAGGUUGUAGGCGGGAAAAUUGUCGGAAGGAUCAGCGCUUAA